CGGGUGGCAGUCGUCAGUUCGGGUAGUUCUGUCGCGCUUAACGACCGCAUUUUGCUAAAACGAUCUCGGAUUCUCGCAAAAAGUACCGAAGCGAGUUCGCACAGAUCGUUUUGGCACCGAAAAUUGAAAUUAAUUAUAUAAAAAUAUUUAAUUAGCUCCCGAUAAACCAUCGUGCGUUCGUGAUACUAAGCAGAUAGUGUUGCAUCGUAGUUCAAAACGUAAGGCGCACUGCGAGAAUUGUGCGAAGUAUCGAGAUAUUCGCUGAAAUAAACUGAAACAACUCACGGGCAAUAUCUUUGAAAAUGAUGCGAGGACUAUCUGCCGCCUGACAAUUUUCUUCAGUCGGCGACGAAGCGCUUGUAUUAAUUCGAAUCGGGGGUGAAUUCAGCGCUUAUCGCGCUGGCACGCUAGCGCGGGUGAUGAGAGACGGCAAAAAUGAGGAUCGACCUAGCGGAAGUUGAAGUAUCGACGGAGGAGGAUAGCUCGCCUGCCAUCGCUGCUACCACCACCGGCAUGGACAGCACAGACGACUACGAUGGAGUCGAAGCCGAAUUGACGAGCCUCUCCUGGCUGCAGUCGUUGGAUAUCACCAGUGCGUCCGGUCUGCCGACGCCACCCUGCUCGCCAUCGCCGCCGCCGGUCGCCCGCCAACCCCCGAAGAAGCUGUCGCCCUUGGUUAAGGCCGAACUAGAUCUCGCGGAAAAUGCCGAGAAGUAUCGAACGGAUCCUGACGCGAAGCCGCCGUUCUCCUACGCCACUAUCAUUUGUCUUGCGAUGCGCGCCAACAAUAACAAGGUCUCCCUUUCAAAUAUUUACGCUUGGAUCCGAGAGAAUUUCUUGUUUUACAAGUACGCUGAUCCAGCCUGGCAGAACUCGAUUCGGCACAAUCUCUCGUUGAACAAGUGCUUCGUAAAGCUGCCACGUUCCAAAGACGAGCCGGGAAAGGGCGGCUUUUGGAAGCUGGAUCUUGAAAGAAUGGAGGAGGGUAAACGGUCUAGGCGCCGUUCCGCAAUUUCGCAGCGGGUUCGGGGCACGAAGAAGCAGUCUCCUUCCACGACGAUCACAACGACGACGACAACGACAGCGACAGCGGCAACGGCGGCAGUGACUGCCACGACGACGCUCAACGCCCUUCAGACCGGUAGCAGCUGCACGCCGCCCACCAGCUGUCUGUCCAACACCCUGUACGAAACUCCGCCUAGUAGCGUGUCACCCCCCAUCCCGGACAGUCUGUCAGAGGUGCCGGAGUCGACGCAGGUGAGCCUGAGCGAGGACGACUUUACAAGCUUGCUGAUCGCCGGUUGGGAUGAAAAUAAUCAGUUGGAGCUUCUCGAUCUUUUGGACACUCUCUAAACGUUCCUCCUCCUCCCAAUACCCUCCCUUUCUCAUCUCUCUUUCUCCCUCCUUUUCGCAGACUCUCAGGAAUCAUCAGUUCUUCGUACGGAACGGAAGCGUUUUCUCCCUCGAUUUCUUAUUUUACACAAUGAUGAUGUAAAUAACAGCAUUUUCCGAAAUUCAGAUAAACCAAAAGUAAUCUCAAUCUUUGAUUCCACUGAAAUUCGCGAGAACGUUUCGUUUCACGUACCGCGAUUACGAUAAAACGUGUGAACAGUAAUUAUUAUUAAUCAGAGAAUAGGCAUUUAGAUAUUCUUUUUCGUG